CCGGCGGACUUAGGACACUCUCACUUGAAGUGAGGACUCCCGCGGGUUGGCGAACAAACGGCGUGAAGAAAGUCGUCAUAGAGCAACGUCAAGUGUGUCCGACGCCCAGCAGCGGACGGUGACGAGGGGGCUUCCAGCAGCGGGACGGUGACGAGGGGGCUUCGAGCAGCGGGACGGUGACGAGGGGGCUUCGAGCAGCGGGACAAGAGCGGUACGAGUGGCCGGGCGACGCCAGCGAUGACGGGCGGCUGUGUUCAGCAGUCAUGUGCACAGGUCGCUAGUUAGCUUGUUGCCGUUAGCCGCCUUCCUGCGCUGCCAAGCCGCCAAACUGAACGCCUUUCCCGGACAACUUUUACGGCGACAAGACAUUCCCCCCAGCGAUACUUUGCUCGCCGUUCCCCGCACAAUGUGCUGUUUUUUGGGGCGUCUAUCAAGCUGGCCGGCCGCUAGCAUCGGCUGACCGGAGCGACUUUACUCUUUUUCUUUCCGACAUUUUUUUUUACCGCUUAUUCCCUUUUAGGGUCGCGGGGGGCGCUGGUGCCUAUCUCCGCUACAAUCCGGCGGAAGGCGGUGUACACCCUGGACAAUUCGCUGCCUCAUCACAGUACUAUUUUUCUUUCCUACAUUUUUUUUUAAAUAUCGCAUUUUUUGUAACUGUUUUAACGAAAAACUAUUCCUGUUGGACUAGUGUAGAAUUUUUUUUUUACACUAAAAAAAAGUUUUCCUGGAGGAUUUCUCCCCCCCCCCGCCUGUGGAAAAUGGAUGCGGGCAUAGAGAAGGAAUGCAGCGCCUUGGGAGGGCUCUUCCAGCUCAUCAUGACCGACAUGAAGGCCAGUUAUCCCACGUGGGAGGACUUUGUCUCCAAAGGAGUCAAACUUCAGUCGCAGCUCAGGACGACAAUCCUGGUGACAGGAGCCUUCCUGGACGCCUUUCAGAAGGUGGCAGACAUGGCGAUGGGAGCCAGAGGCGCUACCAAGGAGAUUGGCUCAGCGCUGACCAGGAUGUGUAUGAGACACCGCAGCAUCGAGUCCAAACUGAAAGUCUUUACCACAGCUCUCUCGGAAAGUCUCAUCACCCCGUUAGAGCUGAGGAUGGAGGAGUGGAGGAAAGCUGCCAGUCAGCUGGACAAAGAUCACGCUAAAGAGUACAAAAAGGUGAGAGCAGACAUCAAGAAGAAGUCGUCAGACACCAUUAAACUGCAGAAGAAGGUCAAGAAAGGCAAGGACGAGGUGCGCAGCCAGCUGGACAGCGCCUUGCAGGACGUCAACGUACGAUACGCCGUCCUGGAAGAGACGGAGAAGAGGGCCGUGUGCCGAGCGCUUGUGGAGGAAAGAGCUCGCUACUGCAGCUUCGUGAGCAUGCUGAAGCCCGUGCUGGACCACGAGAUCAACAUGCUGGGCGAGGUGACCCACCUGCAGGCCAUCCUGGAAGAUCUCACCGCCCUGACAGCCGAGCCCAAUAAACUCCCACCAGCCAGCGAGCAGGUGAUUCUGGACCUGAAAGGGUCUGACUUCAGCUAUGCCUACCAGACGCCUCCAGCCUCUCCUGGCAACACACUUUCCAGGAAGAGCAGCGUUAGCAGUUACCAGUCGGGAUCAGUGAGACACGUUCCUUCCCUGGACUCUAUCAGCUGUGCCGUGGAUGGAGUGCACCUCCAGGAUGCAUUUGGCUCCAGCAACCAGCUCACUCUGAUGGAAGCCAGAGGUGAAAAUGGCCUCCUGGCCCCCCCGCACAGUGCGUACACUCAGCACGGGGAGAGGGUCCGGGCCAUGUCUGCGUCCGGCAAGUCCUGCUCAGCCCGGGAUCAGCUGGCCUUGACCCUGGGUGUGUUGAAUUCGGAUUUGCCGCGCAGCAGCCGGGACUCGCUGCACUGUUCCAGUGGUUACAGCACGCAGACGACCACGCCGUCCUGCUCUGAAGACACUAUCCACACACACGCUGUAAAGAGAGACCCCCUCCUCUAUGUCGACUACGAGUCCAUUUCCCUGCACGGGGACGCCGACUCCAUCUGCCUGCACCACCUGUCGCACGCCAACAGCCAGUCGGACUUCGACAAGUCCUCCACCAUUCCGAGGAACUCUGAUCUGGGUUUCCAAUUCAGGAAGUUCGCGCAGUCCAAGCGCCCCGCCUCCACCGUCAGCCUAUUGGCCGAGACGGAGCUGAUGGGCGGGUCCGUCCACCAGCUGCCGUCCCACACGGCCACCAUCAGACGCAAGCCGUCCACCAAGCCGGCGUAUCGCAGAGGCACCAUCAGCUGCGGCGUUCCCAUCCCCAUCUCCACGCCGCAGGUGCCCGUCAAAGCGGGGGCGGGGCCCGGCGGCAGCGAGGAGAAUGUCUUUCUGGCGCCCUCUGCUGGAGGAGCGGGAGGCUUCGGCCACCAUAAACUCUGCACCUCCACGCAGAGCCUCAGCGCCCUGCCGCCUUCUUCGUCCCCGUACUACCAGCUGGUGCCGGGUCAGAUGCCCAUCCCGGUGCCAAUGCCCACCGUGCCCUCCGUGCAGCAGCAGCAGCAGAGACAGUACCAGCAGCAGAGACAGUACCAGCAGCAACCCUUAGACCAGGCACCGCAGAUCCUGGACCAGCAGCACAAACAAAAGCUCUUCCAGCAGCAUCACCAGGCCCCCGCCACCCUGCGAGAGGACUCCAGCCCGGGCGACGGCGCUCAGAACCGGGCUGCUCCGCCCCCCGGCCUGGACCAGGACCAGGACCAGGAUCAGGAGAUCCUGACACAUGAGAGGGGUGAAAAAGACAUGGUGAACCUGAUCAAGGGUGUGAAGCUGAAAAGGACCCUGACCAACGAUCGCUCCGCCCCCCUGCUGCCCCCGCCUGCCAAUCACAACUAAAGUCCUUGUGUGCUGGACUUGGUUCAGGUCUACACAAACUCUGGACUACUUGCUUUUAUUUGCUAAAGUCAGGCUGUGUUUUACACAUUUUUAUUUUUUGUUCCUGGUAAUCUCCUGCCCGCCUUCUUUGACCUUUUUUGUGCUUUUGCUUUUCGUUAUGGACUCAAGUUUGACUCAUCCAACGCUUUUAAGUGAGGAACCACUUCCUGCCCGGAUGAUGCAAGACAGGAAGCUAGGGAUGCGGGCCAGGUGCGUCCAGACCUGGGUAGGCCGGGUCACCUCUAUAGGAAGUGUUCGGGUUUAGCGAAAAGAAAAGAAAGUGUUGAGAGAAGGACUGCUCAAGUGGGAGCUCGCUGUAGCGCCGUGCCAGGUCACCUGCUCGCUGUAGCGCCGUGCCAGGUCACCUGCUCGCUGUAGCGCCGUGCCAGGUCACCUGCUCGCUGUAGCGCCGUGCCAGGUCACCUGCUCGCUGUAGCGCCGUGCCAGGUCACGUGCUCGCUGCCGUAAUAAUUUUUCUUUGAAUGUUGUAAUGUUUUAUUAGGUGACGUCAUAGCAGGCUAUGAGAAGAGUUGAAGUGGCUCAGGUCACAGGUGAAGUUAGAUUUAUUUGACGCCCGGACUCAGUUUUGCCACAAGAUGGCGCACUUGGCUAAGCAGCUGAAUCGGAGGAAGCCGAAAGUUGCAUCCUGAGGGGAUCCAAGGUCCCUAAAAGGCUGAUUGAAAUGACAUCAGCAGUUUAAGUUGCUGGUGCCCGAAAGAAAGUUGCUGAUUUUUGUUGAUUUGAGCAGCUUUGGUUGUCAGGACUAGUUAGACGGAGUCAGUUUUACGGCGACAUGACCUUUUCAUGCAGUCUGACUUGCUGCGAGCAUCCUCGGUUACUGUGGUUACGGCUCUCUGGCAUGCUGGGAAAUACUUUGCUGGCUUAUUGUUGUUGACGUGGCAGACAUCUGCUAGAUCAGAUUGUACAUACUCCUGAUUGACAGAUCGACCACAUGCUAUUUUUCACUUUGCAGCCGCCGCCUUUAUUUUUCUAGAAGAGCUUUAAAGAUGCUGGAACAGAAUGUACUUUUAUUUCCUUCAAGUCUUCUUCAUGCUGUCUUGCUCCAAUGUGGGACCAGAUAAUUAUAUUGACAUUGUUCAACUAAA